AUGUAUGAAUUCUUGCCGAAUCGAGGAAUGAUUAUGCACGUCGAAAUUACAUCUGCAUUAGAUCUAAGAACGACUGCAGUAAAAGGUACAGUGGCUUAUGAGAAUAUUCGCUAUGGUGUGGAACGAUGGAAUAGUGAUCAUUCUGUUUAUAUAGAGAUAACACUACAACUUAUCGCUACUGAUCUCUAUUACGCUGGAGUUGAAGAAAGAACGUCAGAUUUUGUUACAAACGUCGGUCCUCAUGCGGGUCUCGAAGCGAUGGCUAUCAGUGCACUUCUUGAAAACCUCAGAUGGACGUCGUUUCUGCUUGUCUACCAGCAUGAUUCAGAAAAAUCUGCAGAUCUCGUGGAUCUGGCUCCUCUCAUCCAUGAUCGUCGUUCUUCGCACUACUAUAGAGGGACGCAUGCAGCCAUUAGAAUGAGAAGACUGCCUAGCAAUACUAAUGACUACCAAGCAUAUCUAAAGUAUGUUAGGAACUAUCUCCAAGAAACCAACAUUGUGAUUCACUCGAACAACAUCACCACGUUGUACAGUCUACUACAAAGCGCUAAAGUCUUGAAUAUGACCGAAUCGCCAUUCUCAUACCUUUUCACGAGCACAGUACGUACAGUAGCUAUUUUCUAUCGAUGGUGGAAUCCGCUACUUGUUCAGCAAUUCCGUUUAGGACUUGACGUUACUCGAAGAUUUCCUGAGCAAUGUAUAUGGGACGUUUCAUUGUUUGCUCGUCUAGCCAUUCUAUUCCGCCGUUAUUUUCUUUCUAUCUUAAGUCAAAUAAUUGUAGACGACAUUAGCACUAAGUUCGGAGGCGGUCUGGGUAGCUGGGAAGGCGCUUCACAAUAUGAAAGAGGUCUAUUUUUUAUUUGUCUCUUUAUUUUCCAAUGUACUUCGCACAUCGACACGCUCUUUUGUUUGUCAAAUUCACCUAUGAUUAGUUUAAGGUGA